AUGACGUGCUUGGAUCAGUCAGCUAUUUCAGGGGGAAAGCGAAGCGGCUUGCCUUCUACCCUCCCUGACAACACUAUCCAGAUCCUCAACAACAUCAUGGCGACAAACGUAGUUAUUAUUGGUGGACAUGGAAAGGUUUCGCUACGCCUCGCGAGACUUCUCUCGAACGCAGGCAAUAAGGUCACUUCGGUGAUCAGAGACGCUUCUCAGAACAAGGCCAUCGAGGAGGUCGGGGCUAAACCUCAUGUUAUAUCCUUGGAGGAUGCGCCUGUCUCUGAUUUCUCCAAGCUGUUUGCGGAGACCAAAGCUGACGUGGUGUACUUCUCUGCUGGUGCUGGUGGCAAAGGUGGCGAGGAGAGGACUAAGAAAGUCGACUACGAGGGAGCAGUCAAGAUCUUUGAUGCCAUUGAAGGGGUGAAAUCGCAGGGAGGAGACCAGACCCCACGAUUGAUCCUCGUCUCUGCGGUGGACAUCCGGAACCCUGAUAAGAUACCCGAGCACUACAAUGAGGAUGAUAUUCGUCAAUCGGAGAGGAUUAGGAAAGUGAUUCCGGCUUAUAUGCAUUGGAAAUACGAAGCAGACAAGAACCUCGUGCAACGGACUGCGUUCAAGUGGACAAUUCUGCGACCUGGCGGGCUUACCGAUAAUCCAGGGACCGGAACUGCGUCGAUCGGAAGAACUCACCUCGGGCAAGUCAUAUCGCGGGAUGACGUCGCUCUAGCCUUGUUCCAUCUGCUGAACCGAGAGGAUGCCAGUGGUUUGGCUAUUGAUUUCGUGGGAGGCGACACCCCAAUCAAGGAUGGAUUGGAUACGUUCAUCGCUAAAGGUGUUACCGACUGGCUGGGGUAAACACCACGUACGUGAUAGCUACCAAUGGCAAUGUACUAGAAUGGAUUCAAUAGCCAACCGCAGCCUUUCUGGUAAGGGGCGUUACUAUGUUA